GUUUCACAGGGGAGGGGUCAGACGCUUCAGUGGGACGACGAGCAAAGAGAGGAGUGAACAAGGGGAGCGAGCGAGAUAGAUUGGUGGGUUUUUAAAAAGACUACUUAAAUUUGUUCAUCUCAGGUUUCUUCUUUGUUUUGCUUCAUCCGAGGGAAACGCGUUACAGGCCACGCGUUAGAAAGCGAACUCAUAAAAUAGGGCAGAUGAGUCUGGCGUAGCGUGGGGCUGAAACGCCCAAAUAUAGAGCAGCAAACGUUUGGAAUUACCAAUCACUUCCUACCGCUUGGAAAAUCUGAAACUGGCCAUAGUGAAGCCCGUUUCGAUAGGCCACGACCUCACAUCGGGACUUUAACGAAACCAAAAACAAAGUGUGUAUGGAGCAGUGUGAGAAUGCAGCAUCUCUCCUGGCCUCCGUGCGAGAGCAGGAGAUGCAGUUUGAGCGUCUGACUCGAGCUCUGGAGGAGGAGAGGAGGAGCGUGGGGCCCUCCGGUACCCUACCCCGCCCCCUCCCCACCCUGCAGAACGGCCGUGUCACUGGUGAUGCAGAGUUAGAACGGCUCAAAUUGAACGAGGGAUACAUAAACGGGACUCAGUACAGGAUGUUGGACCCUGGUCAUAUGGUUGAGUCGGUCACAGUGGAGGAGGACCCACAUGAAACGCUGCCGAUUAUUUCAGUUGAAACUAAUGAUGACGGCACCACACGUCGCACUGAGACCACAGUAAAGAAGGUCACAAAGACGACCACCACACGAACAGUCAUUCCCUCAGUCUCCGACACGCUUUCUCUGGAUGGCACUGGUUCAGUCACUGGGAUACCUGGUUAUAAUACCCCAAUGGACCGUGUGUACAGGCCACCGGGUGGCCCCAUGGACUACCCCACCGCUACUGUCCCCCGUAACUACCACUAUGGACCUCCAGGUGGCUAUGAUGAUUACCGCAGUGUCCCACCUGCUGACGCCUACACCAGCCUCAGCCGAGGGACACGUAUGGAUGACCGCUACAGGCCUGUGGAUGGCUACCGGACUCUGGACUCCGCCUACCGCACACACAGCCGGCCACAGUUGGACCCGUAUUCGGCCCAGCCCCAGGUAGGACGUAUGGGCAGUGCUUUGGAGAUCUCUGGCUUGCAGCGCUUUGUCCCAGAGCCCUACGGUCUGGAGGAUGAUCAGAGGAGCCUGGGAUAUGAUGAAGCCGAUUACGGCAUGGGGCCACCCAUGCAUUACAGCACAAUGCCCCGGCUGGCACAUGCACACCAUGCCCCACCUCCUCGCCGGACAGGGUCAUAUGAGGGCACACUGGAUGGUGAUAUGAGUGGAGCUGGUGAUAUGUAUUAUUGGGGAGGAGGAGCUCCACUGGCUCAGGGAGAGAGAGGCAGCAUGGCAUCAUUGGACAGCACUCUUCGUAAAGGUCCUGCACCCACAGCAUGGAGGCAACCUGAACUUCCUGAAGUCAUCGCUAUGCUCAACUACCGCCUGGACCCUGUCAAAAGCAAUGCUGCAGCUUACUUGCAACAUCUCACUUUUAAGAAUGAUAAGGUGAAGUCAGAAGUAAGACGACUGAAGGGGAUCCCUGCCCUCGUGUCCAUGCUGGAUAACCCAAAGAAGGAGGUCCAUUACGCAGCAUGCGGAGCUCUCAAGAACAUCUCAUACGGACGAGAUCCAGAUAACAAGAUAGCCAUCAAGAACUGCGAUGGAAUUCCCGCACUGGUGCGGCUACUGAGGAAGACGAGAGAUCAGGACCUUACCGACACUAUAACAGGCACGCUGUGGAACCUGUCGUCUCACGACUCUGUAAAGAUGGAGAUCGUGGACCACGCGCUGCACGCCUUGUCCGAUGAGGUGAUGGUUCCGCACUCUGGCUGGGAGAGGGGGAACGAAGGGGGAGAGGAGAGCUGCAAACCCAGACACCUGGAGUGGGAGACUGCGCUCACCAACACCACCGGCUGCUUAAGGAAUGUGAGCUCGGAGCGGAGCGAGGCCAGGAGGAAGCUGAGGGAGUGCUCUGGACUGGUUGACUCGCUCAUGUACAUUGUUCAGUCACAGAUCAACUGUAAAGAUGUGGACAACAAGCUGAUUGAGAACAGCGUGUGUCUGCUGAGGAAUCUGUCCUAUCAAGUGCAUCGGGAGAUACCGGGCAGCGAGCGCUAUCAGGAGAUGACUCCUGUCAAUCAAGGCCCCGCCUCUUCCCAAAAGGGCGGCUGCUUCAGCUCCCGAAAGGGCAAAGACGAGUGGUUUUCCAAAGGAAAAAAAGAGGAUGAUGGAACUUCAGACAUGAUUGACAUUCCAAAGAGAAGCACACCAGCCAAAGGUUAUGAAUUGCUGUUCCAGCCAGAGGUGGUGCGCGUGUACACUUCUCUCCUAAAAGAGAGUAAGAACCCAUCGGUUCUGGAAGCCGCCGCGGGGGCCGUGCAGAACCUGUGUGCAGGCCGUUGGACUUAUGGGCGGUACAUCAGAGCGACGAUGAGACAGGAACACGGCCUGCCGAUGAUGACGGAGCUGUUGUCUCAUGGGAACGACCGUGUGGUCAGAGCCAUGUCUGGAGCUUUAAGGAACCUGGCCAUUGAUGCUCGCAACCGUGAGCUGCUAGGGAAGCAUUCUGUGCCUAACUUGGUGGCCAAUCUGCCAGGCAGUGGUCAGAGUCAGCCUGUGCGCGGGCUCUCGGAGGAGACGGUGGUGUCUGUUCUCAGCACUAUGGCGGAAGUGGUUGGCUCCAGCGUGGAUGCGGCCAAAUCCCUGCGCACCUCCCAGGGCAUUGAGAGACUGGUGCUCAUCAACAAAGACAGCAACCGCUCAGAUCGAGAGGUACGUGGCGCUGGGCUGGUGCUGCAGAUCGUGUGGGGUUUCAAAGAGCUCCGCCGCACACUGGAGAAAGACGGCUGGAAGAAAACAGACUUCAUGGUCAACCUCAACCCUCCUAACAACUCUCGCAGCAACGGGGGAUAUGAGGACAGCACCCUGCCGCUAAUAGACAGGGGGGGCAAACAGGACAGAGACAGAGACAUGAUUCCACUAAAUGACAUGGGACCAGACGCUUACUCUACGAUAGACCAGAGAGGACGGAGAAACACUUUAGACGACACUCUGGAUCGCUCUGACAGAGAUACACCUCAGGGAGGAAUGUAUGGGGAGAGACGGGGCUCUUUGCCUCUGUUGGACUCUUAUGAUGGUUAGGCCACUCCCCUCCCCCCACUCAGUGCAUGAGCACGCAUGAAAAACUGAUCGUGUGCAUCACCCGCCGUGAGUUUCCUCCUCCUGCCUACUGUCCCUGCUGAGCCUCUGAUCUCAUCACUUACGGGACCAUUGCCACUAAUCGCAAAGACCCUUCCGUAGUUUUCAACAUUCUCUAGUUGUCACUCUCCUACUCUUAUUGAGAUCAAUGUGAUUGAGAACAGCCACUACUUAAAAUGGACACUACACAAUGAAUUCCUGUCUUGAUUUUGGUCCAUACCACUUUUUUUGUUGUCAAAUAAUGGAAACACUAGAGACUAAAAGGUCUAUUUAGUCACAUCCCCAGCUUAUCAAGCUUUAUAAACCAUUUUUUUUUUUCUUUUUUGCUUAAGCAUCUAUUAGAACACUAGUAUAGUAUGGCAAUGGUAUUUUGAUUCUUUUGCUUCAUCCUGCUUUGUGGUUCACAUUGAUAAAAAGGUAAUGCCAAAUUGCAACAGUCAUAUGUGGCCUGCAGAAAUUAAUGUAUAUAGAACAUCUCUGUAAGUUUUAUGUCUCAACGCAUCGUGACAGACAUGAGGCCUAUCUUUUUUUUUUUUUUUUUUUUUUUUUUUUUUUUUUGGUCAUGGUUUUCUAAAAGCACUAGAUGACCACCAAUUCCCCUUAAGUUAUCCAUCUGUGGUUUUUGUGGAUGGUCUCGUUGAGUGUUCAGUCUCUAGGAAGGGGUUGUUCUGACAGCGUUGAUGAAGCAUUACAAAAGAGGCAGAGGGAUUUGGGAGAUUAUUUUUAUUUUUUUUAAACUGGUAGCAUUCAAGAAAGACCUCUAGUGGUAGAUGAGUACAGUUGUGCUCUUUGGGACUCCUUAAAUUGUAAACCUUGACAAGUUUGCGAAGCGCUCCAGAAUGGGAGAGCUGAUUUGGGAUUUCUUUUAUUCCCCCUUUGGUUUGGUCUUUGAAAUUGUCACUGACAGUAAUUAUUUUCUGUGUGUUCCUCCCCCUUAAUUUUUAAUAAACAAUUUAAGUAGCAAAAGAAGAGAACAGAAGAGCCUUUAACUCUCGGAGACAAUUGGUUGCCCUGGUCUUAGAUCAGUGCUCCCACUUUUCAAUAUUUUGUGAAACGGGUGGACCUAGUUCGGGCUUUUUUCACUUGUCUGAAUAUAAAUGAAUGUGUAAAUAUGACUGCAUCUCACAAAUCCACUCUGCAUACUUGGAGUGCCUCACUUGCUCAUCGCGUCGUGUGAGUGUGUGUUUGUGAUAAGCGGUGAACAGGGACGUUCGGCCACCUUUCUGCCUCUUGGUUCCAGUGCCUGUCUGUGUAGAGAGUAAACGAGUGUACAUUUGAGGAUGUAUAUGCAUUGUUUUUUUGUUUUGUUUUUUUUCUCUGAGAUCCAUAAGUACAGUGCUUGUUUCUUAGACUGCAUAUUCAAAAUGCACAGUAAGUCUGUUGUAGAUAUUUACUGAAUAGAGACUGAAUAGCACUAGGGGUCAGUGGACUGAUUUUUUUUUUUUUUUUCCCCCAAUGCCUUUUUAAUCUCCUGUUUGCCAAUUGUAAUACAAUGUUUCAAGACACUACAGUCAGUAAAGGAAAGGUUGGAGUCCGAAGACCAGAAGUCCGAAUCCUGAUAGAGGAGGCUGUUCACAAACAAGUUUGAGGAAUCAAUCGAUUGUUCAGUGUUGAGGGAGGCAGAUAAAUGAGUCUUUUAAUUACAAAAAAAUUGCAUCUCUUUCAGGCAGGAUUAAGCAAGAGCUCAGAUUUUGAUUCUAGCUUGAUGAGAAAAUAAGAUAAAAUAAAAGCACAUUUAACUAUAUAUACCAGAGAAUAUUUGUUAAUUUUAAUUAUUAUUUUUUUUUUUUUCCUUUUUGGUUUUUGUCCUGUUGCUCUUUCUUUUCUAUAUUUUAUGAUUGGGGCUAAUAUUGUUUUUCUGGGGUGUCGUGGGUGAAUGCAUAUGCAAUCAGUUUUAUUUUUUAAAUGAAUGCAUUACAGUUUAUAUCUUUUAAUUCAAGACGAAAGGAAAAUUUCUGUGUCGUGCUGUCAGUUGACAUGCCGUUUCUCUGCAACACUAACAAGUGGAUCUUGAUUCAUUAUUCCUAUAUUUCAACACUUUACCUUUGGUCUUAAACAUUGCACCUUUCUUUCAUGAAUUGAAACAUGUAACUUAGCAAUACUGUUUUUUUUUAAAUAAAAGAAUGAUUUUUUUUUU